CUCUUGUUGUCUGGUACACUUGACCCCAGGCACCACUUGGCCAGGCCUGGCCCCCCCCAGCUUCCCCCGUUAUGACACCGUGGCCUGUGUUCCUGUGACACGGGCAAGCAGACCUCCUCCACAACAAGCUGUGUCGACCUACAUCACCGUCCUCCCUUGCAGUGCGGUUUAAGAUAAGGCUCAUAGUAAUCUGAUUGAUCCACAAUCAAAGAUCAAUCACCUGUCACGCUUGCAAUAAUGGAAGAAGCAUUCUCUCCAGUCGACUCCCUCGCCGGCUCCCCGACGCCUGAGUUGCCAUUGCUGACAGUGUCCCCGGCGGACACGUCGCUUGAUGACUCGUCGAUGCAGGCAGGGGAGACCAAAGCCGAAGAGAAGAAGCCUGUGAAGAAGAGAAAGUCAUGGGGCCAGGAAUUGCCUGUCCCGAAGACUAACUUGCCUCCGAGAAAACGGGCCAAGACUGAAGAUGAGAAAGAGCAACGUCGUAUCGAGCGCGUCCUUCGUAAUCGUGCGGCAGCACAAACAUCACGCGAGCGCAAGAGGCUCGAAAUGGAGAAGUUGGAAAAUGAGAAGAUUCAGAUGGAACAGCAGAACCAGUUCCUUCUGCAACGACUAUCCCAGAUGGAAGCCGAGAACAAUCGCUUGAACCAACAAGUCGCUCAACUAUCGGCUGAGGUCCGGGGCUCCCGCGGCAACACUCCCAAGCCCGGCUCCCCUGUCUCCGCUUCUCCUACUCUCACCCCCACCCUGUUCAAACAAGAGCGCGACGAAAUCCCUCUUGAACGGAUUCCUUUCCCCACACCCUCUAUCACCGACUACUCCCCUACCUUGAGGCCUUCCACUCUGGCUGAGUCCUCCGACGUGACACAACAUCCUGCAGCGGUGUUGUGCGACCUGCAGUGUCCGUCGCUGGACUCGAAGGAGAAGGAAGUGCCCUCUCUCUCUUUGACGUCGGCUCAAACCCUGAACCUCACGCUGCCGAUGAUCUUGCAGCUCCUCUUUCUGACGAUGACUUCCACCGCCUAUUCAACGUUGAUUCACCCGUUGGGUCAGAUUCUUCAGUCCUUGAAGACGGGUUCGCCUUUGACGUUCUCGACGGAGGAGAUCUAUCAGCAUUUCCAUUUGAUUCUAUGGUUGAUUUCGACCCCGAAUCUGUUGGCUUCGAAGGCAUCGAGCCGCCCCACGGUCUUCCGGAUGAGACUUCUCGCCAGACUUCUAGCGUGCAACCCAGCCUUGGCGCGUCCACUUCGCGAUGCGACGGGCAGGGCAUUGCAGCUGGCUGUUAGCGAGCAGUUUCGCCAGGGAGAUGCAUCGGCUAUCGAUGGUAACGGAGUCCAAUGGAGCUGGGAGUUCUUGUUGACCUUGGCGUGGACGAUAGACCUACUCGAAAAGCCGGGACGACGCAAACGAAUCUUGAGCGGUUUGAAAUCAGCGAAAACUGGACGGCGAAGUAAUAUUGGCAAGUCUCAAAGGAGUACACGGAGUUCAUGGAGUUCACGAAGCACCCAAGAGGCGUUGACGUCUCUCCUGAUGGGCAAGCAUUGUUGAGGUUCCGGCUGUAAAUUAUCAUAAAUUCUCAUAAUUCUUUUUUAGAUUUUCAAUACAGCAGUCAAUGGUCUGCUCAUUAUUUUUC